CCUGUUGACCACACACUGUCAGAUUCAGGUAAAGUGCUGACUCGAAAGCCACCAACGUCACCAAGACUUCAAAGUGAAGGAAGAAAGGAAGAUGUAAUACGACUUUGUAAACGUUCAUGUGAAUCUCCUAAACCUGGAUCCAGGGUGCGAUCAGCUUCUACAGGUAGAGAUAAAAAGUCAGAACUGCAGGCAAGAUACUGGGCCUUUCUGUUUGGCAACUUGCAGAGAGCUGUGGAUGAAAUCUAUCAGACGUGUGAAACAGAUGAAAGCGUUUCGGAGUGCAAGGAGGUGAUCCUGGUACUUGAAAAUUACACCCGUGACUUCCACAGCCUUAUCGAGUGGUUCAAGAUAAAAUGGGAAUAUGAGAACACUCCUCCACCGCAGCGACCGACGUCACUGGCAUGGGAAAUUAGGAAAUCCUCACCAGGGAAGGUCCGCCCUGUAGGUACCAUGGAGACUACAGCUGCUGGCUCCAAUGCUGUUAUAAAUGUGAAUAGAGAAGAUACACCAAAUUUAACUGCACAGAAUCUGGAGAUGAGGAAGGAAGGCGUCACAGUAGAUACAGGAACAAAUCUACAAAAUCCGGUGUCACAGCGCAUUUCGUUACAGCCCGUCUGUCUUUCGGAUAGUGCUGACGCAGUAAUAAGUGAGAUUGAUGUUAUAAACGGUACUCUCAAUAGUAAUUUGAUGGCCGCAGAUAAUCCAUUGCCUCUUAGUGUUUCAGAUGAGAUUAAUAUACAUGAUCAGGCUAUUUUUAACUUUCAACCAAACAAUAUAACAGACAAUGUGGAUAGUUAUGUGCAGAAUGUAAAUAAUGAUGUAAAUAAUAGAAUGGAAAUUGCGUCUAAUUUGGACGUGAGUGGAAAGCAGCAGAAAUGUGAUACCUUAUCUGCUGCUGGUCAUGUGAUUUUAGUCUCGGCUGAUGAAGGGUGUAAAGGAAUAUGUGAUGUGAGGGAACAGAGUCCUGAGAUUGACGCAGAGGAUGAUCUGAAUGGUGGAGAAAUGAGUGCCAAGAUUCAAGUGGGAAUUAAUAUGAUUUGUGAAACUGAUACAACUACACACAAAGAAAUAAAUGAAAAGAUAGCCAACGAAGAUAAUAUCUUUGAGAAGUCAAGAGUUCCAUUUUAUGGUACCCUUAAAGAUAAUUCUGAUAUAAAUGAGUACAGUAGAAGUGACAGUUGUGAGGUGGAGAGUGGAAACAUUUCUGAUACUAAUUUAACUGUGGUUCCUAUGACGGUCCAUCAAGCCUCUCAGACAGAUCUAGAAGAAUGUAUUGAGGAUUCUGAUGGUUUGAGAUUCCUUUCAAUCCCACGGAAAGCGGCGGUUACGACGCCUACACUUGUUAGCAAACCUGCACCAGUAAUCAAUGCUAUAAGUAAAACAAGUGUUAGUGGCAGGUCGCCAGUAGCUUCACCGCGAGUUGGAGUUCGCGCAGCGUCUCUUGCGUCCAGCAUGAGGCCACAGCCUUCUGUGAGACCAGCUUAUGCAGCUGUUUCAAAUCUUGGUAAUCCAGCUAUCGCUCGAAGUCAGGCACCGUUACAUACCAGCCUGACAUCUACCAGACUCUACAGCAGUCCUAGGUUUGUUCGGAGCCGGACUUCCACGGAUGUAAGGCCUGCUGGGAGAGGAACUGCAUUAAGAAAGUUACCAGCAGAGCCAGCAGCGGUGGCAGUCCUCAAGUCACAAAGAGGAGCGUUAAUGUCGAGACAGUCUCAUCAUAGAAGUCAACAAAAUGUAAUCAUGGCAGCUUCAGUAUCACCCAAAGUAGAAAGCAUUCCGGAGAGCAGACAAUGUUUGGAUAAAAGAAGUGGUUCCAACUCAUCUUUGAAUAGUUCUGCGUCAUCUGGUGCUCGAAGCUGGGCGAACAUGGUUAAGGGCACAGAAGUUUCACGCACAACAGUUUCGGUUGAGGUACUGCCGAGGACAGGAGCUGGCAAUGAAGAUGAUGAUACACAGGGCUGGGAGACAGUGAAGAGCAGGUCACGUUCUCGUAUGUCACCGGCUAGCAAAGUGGAAGGAUUAGGGUCAUCUCUGUCGCGCAGUGCCGGCAACAUCAAGUGUCGUCCCAUGGAAAGGAAAGGCAGCAUUGGCAUGGCUUCACGUGGAUAUGGUGCAAAAUCCAGAUUUCAGCAGCCAAGUGCUGCAACUUCGCUUCCGGCUUUGGCUCUGAUAGAGGUAGAAGUACGACCACCUACGACUAAAGAUGGGAAGAAAAUUGCCGAACUGAAGAGAAGUGUUCCUUCAUUGACACUGGCAUGCCGGAACAGUACCAAUAUUACCAAAAUGAAAAAAGAUGUCAAAGAUAUCAAAGAAGAUAAUAACAAUAAGCUACUAAAAUCUAUCAAAACCACAUCAGUUUCAAGUAGAAAGGUAAAUGGGUAUGGAAAAAAUGAGAAACAAGGGAAAUCAGAAGAAGUUUCUAGUGACAAAGUCGUUUCAAAAGUUGCAUCAGAUUCCGAGGAUAACCGAGAAAAAAGAAAAAUUGUAGGAACUUUGGAAAAGAAAGAGGAUGUCGAGUCUGAAAUUGUUAAGCAUGAUGCUGAAGGGACGCAAGAGGAAAAAAUUGUCAGUUGCUCUGGUACUAUAAUUUUGGAUGUUCAACUUGAAGAUAUUUUGGAAGAGAAGAGUUUAUUUAAUGAAGAGGAGCUAAGAAAAAGUAAGGAACUGUGUGCUGAGGAAGCAAUGUUGAGGAAAGAAAUUCAUGAACUAGAAACGACAGAAAUUGAGGUGGAUACAGAGACAGAUGAGACAGAAACAGACGGAGAAGCAACAAUUGGACCUGAAGAGGAUGAUGAAGAAAGGCAGAAUGAUAUGGCAGAAAUUCAGAAGAGCCUGAUUCCUGAAGAUAGUAUGACGCUGGAAGCCAGAUAUGAAACUCAGUUAGAGGGUACACAACUGGAGGAAAUGGAGGCACGCCAUCCCGGUCGUGCUCUGGAGCUUCAUCAGAAACUGUCGUCGCCAUCACGUCGUCGGACUCUGCCAGAGACUUUACGCUGCUUUCAAACCAAACAGGAGCAGGCCAAAGAAAAGAGGGAGCGACUGAUGUACGAGAAGUCACAGAAACUAAGAGAUCUUCUUAACAAGGUGGAAGAAGUGAAAGCUGCCAAGACGCAGCUCAUCGAAGAUAAACGCGUUCGACUCGAAAUGAAACUGAAGCGGGCCGAAGUUAACCGCAAGUUGCAUCUGAAGGGUAUAAUCAGAAAAGCCCAUGAUGAAGAAGAGAAACUGAAGGAAAUUGCGUUUAUCAAUGAGUUGGAGGCACAGAAUAAAAGACAUGAUUUCAUGGCUCUUUGUCAGGAACAAGAAGAACGACUUCAAGGAAUUCAGGAGGAAAGGCAGCGGAAACAGGAAGAGAAAGCAGCCAAGGGAGCUGCCGUAGAGGAAAGGCGAAGGGUACUGGAAGCUGAGAGACAAGAAAGACUGGAAAAGAUGCAGGAAAUGAGGAGGAAGAGAGAGGAACGGGUUGGUAGGAAGCAACAAGAAAGAGAAAAGGAAAGGCAGGAAUUAGCUAGAGAGAAAGCAAGGGAUCGUGAAGAGCGUUUAUCCGCGCUGCAUGCAGCUCAGUUGGCGACUCAAGAAGAACUUCAGAAGAAAAUUCAGCAGAAACAGGAGGAAUCUGCCCGUCGACACGAAGAGAAUAUUGAACAUAUUCGGCAGAGGGCUCUGGAAUCUAGCAUUUUGCGUUGCUCCACAGAUGAUGUAGCGCCUCGACUUGCUCCUUAUGACACCCAGAAGCUGUGUGAAGUGUGUAAUGUGCUGAUUGGUUCAGAAGUAUACCUUUUAAGUCACUUGCGAGGUCGGAAGCACCAGGAAGCCGUGCAGCAUCAGCACGGAGUGGAUCCAUCAAGAGAGGAUCUUACGUCUUAUAACAUCCGGCACAUCGUUGAUGCUCCUGCUGAUAAGAUUGACCCUAAGAUAGCCUUUGAUAAAGAACGUCAGAAGGCACUGAAGAAGCGUUGUAAAAAAAUAAGACUUCGAAUGGCAGCUAGAGGUCAGGAAUAUGAGUCGAAGAAGGGUCCGUCUAUAAAAAUAGAAUCCCCUAACAAGUCUCGUAUUCAGAAAUGCUUGAGAGAUAUAGAGAAACUGCACUCGAGUCAAGGGAAGGGACAGUGGCCAAAUCCCGCAAUAACUUCCCUGGAAAGAGCUCUUGGUGACGUCAGUCGAAUUCUGGAUAAACAGAAUUCAUUGGAUCAAAUGGCAUUCCAAGCCUCUAAUGGUUUUUCAAUUUUAUCCAACAUCCUUAACUUGGGACUGGAUGUUCCUGUCAAUAUGGCACCGUAUCUUCCUUUAAAAUGUUUUGUUACGAUGUGCACCACUUACAACCUAGCCUGUCAGAAUCACGCAGCGAACUCCAAGUACGUUCUCUUCAGUAAUAAAGUUGGCACGGUACUGGACUUGCUGCUUUAUAGGCUGACGGUUCUAAUACCAGACCGUAAUCGUAUGAUGUCCAGUUCAAACACAGGAGGUCAUAUUUCGCUACCUGUCGAUAUAGUAGCAGGAGCCCUAAUGAGGCUGUUGGCGCUGGUGCUGAACCAUUCUUCAGAGGGCGAUGACAACCCCAAGGAAGAACUCAGCGUCCGAAUGCAGGACGUCAUCAGCUACACGGUGAGCGUGGGUGUAGUGGACAAACUGGCCGUGUAUUGUGGCAGUGUAAGGGACCCGAUCGACGGGGACCCAUCGGCCGCUCAGUUCCUGCUCAGUGGCCUGGAGCUGCUCACCACGCUGGCUGCCAGGUGCAUUGGCCGCGUGCGACGCCGAGUGAACAGUGACGACCCCACUCAGCUGGUGGGGACGCUGCAAGUGACGGAGCUGGUAGGCGCCGUGUCCAUGCUAUACGGUAUGCUGUUACACCAGGGCGCACCUCCCAGGGGCUCUGCCUCUCCGCCCCCUGAUCUCCCACCACAUACCAUCGCCGUCACCAUAGCAACAAUACGCCUUCUUAGCCGAGUGGCGGAACUCGACCUGCAGAUGUUUCAAAGUGUGCUUGGAGCUGAGGGAAUUUCACUUCAGUUCCGUCAUAUCGCCAGUUAUUUGUUGUGGUAUUGUUCCCACGACAAGGAGAAGGAAUUGCUUCAUGAAGUUGUACGCGUGGUUGGCUUCUUCACUGUACGCAACUAUGAAAAUCAGAUGAUGAUCCAGUCCGGGUACAUGCCCACGGUCCUCCAACAACUCUGCAACUUACCCUUCCCGUAUUUCAGCAACCCUUCGCUUUCCUGUUUGUUGUUCCCCACACUUCUCGCCUGCUGCAGCGGCAACCAACAGAACAGAGCCAUUCUUGAGCAGGAAGUCAGCUACCAGAUCCCGUUUCGCAGCAUCGAACCGUACCCAGAGCUGUGGAAUUUAAGGCAGGGGCUUCAACUCAACGGAUAUAAGAUGGUGGUUGCGUGCAAGUGUUUCGGAGAGACAUACUACCUCCUUCAUCAGGACUAAAUACCACCAUCUACAUUUACAUCGUCGUGAAGGCCUCAAGUCCUACAAGAUAUCGAAACUCUCUCUUUCUUGUGACUGGUUGUGGGCAAAGUCGUGGGAGCAGCCAUGACCUGAAGUGCCAUUGUACUCAGUCCAGGUAAACCCCGCAGACGCCUCGAAGUCCGAACACAGCCUCAGACCCAAUAUAUCACCUCGGCGAC